UCUCAAACGAAAGAGCCAUGAUUUGUGUGUUCAAUACAAUCGUAAUUGCAAUGAGAUCGAUGCUAUGCGACAGUAAGGAUCGCGUCGACACGGUCAUUACUGCGCAUGAAGGCGCAACGUCAGUCCACCAACGAGCAUCUGUUUCAUCCAUGUGUCAAUUCGCCUAGCCGGUUGAACACAACGGACACCUGCUAACCUCUAUUUUUUUUCAUCGGGCGAUACCUGAUCAAACAACAGCCGCAUCGGAGCGUGCGAAUGCUAAGAGCUACAAUGACCAAUUUGCGGAAAUUCAUAGAUAUUGGCGCCAAUUUAACAGAUGCUAUGUAUCAGGGAAUUUAUCACGGGAAUCAAAAACACGAGCCAGAUCUGGACAAAGUUUUAGAACGAAGUUGGAACAACAAUCUCUCAAAAAUCAUCAUUACAGCUGGUAAUUUAGAAGAGAGCAAGAAGGCUCUUGAAAUAGCAAAAACUGAUGACAGGCUAUACUCGACAGUUGGUUGUCAUCCGACUCGUUGCAACGAGUUCGAAGACAGUGGCGAUCCCGAGGAAUACCUCAAGUCUUUGACCGAUCUGGCGCUAAACAACAAGGAAAAAGUUGUCGCCAUCGGCGAGAUAGGUCUGGAUUACGACAGGCUAGAAUUCUGUCCCAAAGAAACGCAAAAAAAGUAUUUCGAGAUGCAACUGUCGCUGUGUUCCACGCUAAAACUGCCGCUUUUUCUGCACUGUCGCAACGCCUGCGACGACUUGGUGCAGAUUCUGAGAAAGCACAAAAACAAGCUGACGCCGGGCGUCGUGCACUCUUUCGACGGCAAUCCAGAGGACGCGAAUUCUAUUCUACAGUUAGGCUUAUACAUCGGUAUUAACGGAUGCUCUCUGAAAACGGAGGAGAACCUCUUUGCCGUCACUACUGUUCCCUCGGACAGGCUCAUGAUAGAAACCGAUUGUCCGUGGUGCGACAUCAGGCCGACGCACGCGUCCGCGAAUGACGUGAUCACGCACUUCCCGUCGGUGAAGAAAGAAAAGUGGCAACCGGACCGCAUGGUCAAAGGACGAAACGAGCCCUGCACAAUAGUUCAAAUAUUGGAAGUCUUGGCGCGAAUCAGAGACGAGGAAGAGGAAUACCUGUGCAAUCAGAUCUACAAGAACACAAUGAAGCUCUUCUUCCCGCACGAAUUAUAGUGUGUUGCAAAUACUGCAAAACAGAUAAACGGACUUUGAGUGUGACAUUUCCGAGAAGACGCACUCAGGAAGCAAUCAGGGAUAAAAGCUGUGAAAAAAAAAAAAAAAAAAAAAAAAAA